AUCACUGUUGAGAAAACUGUUUUGGAACAAAGCAAUAGCCAGUACGAGCUUCAAGGUGAAUAUGUGCUGCCCGGCACGCGAGAUCGAAACCCUUCUGGAAAGGAAAGAGGGAGCAUGUUCCGAAGAGCAAUGACAGGUCAUCUUGGCAGUGUGAUAUCUUCCAUGGGGAGAUGGAGAAUGAGACUUGAUGUUCCUCGAGCUGAAAUUGCUGAGGUGCUUCCACUUGCAAGACUUAUUUCUCGAAGUACUGAUCCUGCAGUUCAAUCCCGAUCAAAGGUUGUUCUCUACUUAAAUGUGAAGGAAAUCUUAACUGUCAUGGUAGUUGAAUGUGAGUAA